CGGCCCUCACUAAAUCCUCCAAAAACCUGACAGUGUCUUUCGGAAAUUUGUCUAUCUUAAUUCGUAUACUUUAUUUGAAUGAUUUGAAUAAUUUUUCGAAAUAUUAAACACCCGCACAAAAAAAGCUGGACUCAAUGAAAUCCUUCUAAAAAUUGUGAAUCGUCAGGAUGAUGGUAUUUACUCUGACGUUUAUUUUUCUGACAGUGAUUCCGACGGCAUUAAGUGCUCCAAAACCUGUGAAUAUUGGAGCAAUAUUUCACGAAGAAGAGGAGGCAAAUCACUUGGCAUUUACUAGAGCUCUUGGAGAACUGAAAAAAGACGCUCUCAUAUCAAGUUAUGAACUCAAACCGAUUGUCAUAUUUGUAAAUUCCAGUACUGACAGCUUCAAAACUUAUCUUGCCGCUUGCAGUCUGAUUGAGCAAGGUGUAAUAGCAAUAUUUGGUCCUGGGAAUCCCUUUACAAGCAAUAUCGUCUCGAGUGUAACAACAAAAUAUCAUAUUCCUCACAUAGAAUAUGUAUUCAGGCGAGCUGACGACACCAAAUACACGGAUACAACAAUUAAUAUGUAUCCAGAUGGAGACAUAAUUGCAGAUGCCCUCGCUGAUAUUUUUGUGAGUAUGCACUGGACGCAAUUUACUGUACUCUAUGAUACGGAUGAUGGUUUAUCACGAUUACAUAGAGUACUGGAGAAACAUGGGCCACAUGAUUUUCCAGUGACGAUACGUCAAUUGAACCCAAGCAUUGACAAAUUGACUAAUGAACCGGACUAUCGACCUCUGUUGAAGGAAGUGGCCAAUUCAUCGGAUUACAAUGUUAUAUUUGAAGUUAAACCACCUAAUCUUCGAAGAAUUAUUCAACAGGCACAUGACGUAAAACUUCUUCGGGAUUACUAUCACUAUCUAAUCACUGAUUUGCAUUCACCAACGGAUAUGAUGGUGGAAAUUCUGAACAAAUCAAGUGCAAAUGUGACUGCUCUUCAAUUAUUAACGGACGAUGUCACCGAAUACGAUUUAACAACAGUGGAGAGUGCUGUAUUAUUCGAUGGGGUUUUUUUGCUCAAUGAAGCUCUAGAGCUGUUCAACAAACGUAAUAUGAACGAUGAAGAGGAGGCUGUAGAUAUCGAGUCAGGACCAUACACCUGCAGUUAUCCUGAAAAUGUUGAAAAAUAUAAGGCUGGAGCGACACUAAUAUCUCUGAUGCGAGAGGUAACGACAGAUGGAAGUGUCAGUGGACCAAUAAUUUAUCGUGAAAACGGUGCGAGAUCCUUCAAGUUGAUAUUCAAAGAAUUUCACAAUGAGAGAAUAGCAACAUCUGGUCAUUGGGAUGAUGGAGAAUUGAUGGUGAGCAGUACUCAGGAGGAUCGUGAGGCCCAGGCACAGCAGAGCAUUGAAAAACGCAAGUUUCUGGUGACUUCGAGAAAGCAAGAGCCUUACAUAAUGGAAGUAACAGAUGGAUCUACCAGAGGUGUACAGUAUGUAAGCCCAAACAGACGCUUUGAAGGAUAUGCAAUUGAUCUAAUCGAAGAGCUCUCACAAUUGCUCAAAUUUACUUAUGCAUUUGAACUGGUGCCCGAUGGCGAAUACGGAAGAGAGGAUCCUGACACGAGACAGUGGAGUGGUCUCAUCGGUCGUCUCCUCCGACGAGAAGCGGAUUUGGCAAUAUGCGAUCUCACCAUAACAAAGGCACGUGAAAGUGCUGUUGACUUCACAAUGCCAUUCAUGGAUCUUGGAAUAAGCAUUUUAUUCGCCAAAUCAGAAGACAAGGAGCCUGAGCUUUGGUCAUUUCUCUCACCAUUUUCAGCAGACGUUUGGAUGUAUAUGACAACAGCUUAUGUCCUCACCUCCGUUUUAUUCUGGUUUCAAGCGAGAAUAGCUCCCGAUGAAUGGAUUGCUGCUCAUCCUUGUGAAUCCGAACCCGAGGAACUUGAGAAUAAUUUUACACUGCUCAACUCACUCUGGUCAUUUGCUGGGACACUUGUACAACAGGGUUCGGAUAUUGUUCCAAGCGCUGGAUCCCUCCGAAUGGCAGGUGGAAUGUGGUCUUUCUUCGUUCUUAUAAUGGUAUCCUCCUACACUGCUAAUCUCGCUGCAUUUCUAACAGCAACAAAAAUGGAUGUGUCUGUUAGUUCUGUAACAGAACUCGCUGGUCAAACUAAAAUCAAAUAUGGAGCUGUAAACGGUGGUUCAACAUCUGGAUUUUUUCGCGGUUCCAAUACAUCAAUGUACCAGAGGAUGUGGGCAACAAUGAAUGAAGCUAAACCUAGCGUUUUUACCAAAACCAAUGACGAAGGAAUAGAAAGAGUAGCCAAAGGCAAAAAAACUUAUGCCUUUCUCAUGGAAUCCACUGGUAUAGAAUACGCUAUUGAACGCGAUUGCAAUCUCAUGAAAGUUGGAGAUCUGCUUGAUAGCAAAGGAUAUGGAAUUGCCCUACCACCUAAUUCCCCGUAUAGGACGCAAUUUAGUGAAGCCAUUCUUAAACUUCAGGAGCGAGGAGUUUUGCGAGAGUUAAAGAAAAAAUGGUGGUUACAAGGUAGUAAACAGUGCACUGCUAAUGCACCUGAACCUUCUUCUGGCGAGUUGACAAUGGCUCAUGUUGGAGGUGUCUUCUUGGUUUUGUCAUUCGGCCUCAUUUUGGCUUUUGUAUUUGCAAUCAUUGAAUUUAUCUGGAGAGUCAGAAAAAUUGCUGUUGAUGAGAAAAUCCAUCCACUUGAUGCUUUCAUCGCUGAAUUGAAAUUCGUCCUGAAUUUCCGAGCUGAGACGAAGCCAGUCAGAAACUCAAAGUCGGCCCAGAGCAGUCGUAGUUCGACCGAGGAAUUGACCAAUACAAUUGCAGGAGAACGAUCCAUGGGUGGAUCAUUUAUGCAACUCGACAUUUUAGACAGAAAGUGACGAUGAAAAGCUAAGCUAUUCGAUCAGUUAAUCCACGAGCGAAGGGGAAUUCCAUAAAAAUUGUGGGACGUAAUUGAAUUCUCCAGUACUGAUUUUUUUUUCACUAAAUAUUUUAUCCCUUAGCUUCUAAUUGUUUAAUUUAAAUAAAACCCACCUUGU